GUCACCUUUCGGACGUCGGACGCGGUGGCUGUGUCACUUUCGCGCAAAAUACAUCGCGAUAUUACGAUGAACUGUCGAAAUUGUUUACGCAAACAACUUUAUUAACCAAAAAUAAUGGAUUGAAAGGUGCAAUGUGUUAUUAGUGAUGUGUAAAUAGCCGAAGUCAGUAAUCCUUGAUCGGUGAUGUCAAGUAUGAUCGCGAGUGCAAUUAUUAUAGAAAACAAAUGUGCAUGGAACCACUUCAAGUCGUUGGUACUUUUGUAUCUUUUGUUUACGUUUCACACGAUAAAAGCCCAAAGUCGGGCGCCGCGGAUCAAGGAGCACCCAGCUGACACCAUAGUCGGGAGGAGUGACCCUGCGACACUGCGCUGCGUGGCUGAGGGGAAACCCAAGCCCACCGUUCAAUGGUACAAGGACGGUCUACCCCUGGCACCGGUUGACCACCCUCACAGGGUACUGCUAGAAGAUGGAUUGUUAUUUCUUAGGGUUAUGCGCAGUAAGAAGGAGAGUGACGAGGGAGUGUACUGGUGUGUGGCUCGUAACACGGUCGGGGAAGCGGUUAGCAAGAACGCCACCCUCACUAUCUCAGUAUUACGGGAUGAAUUUAGAAAUGAGCCUCGGGAUAUUAGAGUAGCUAGCGGUGAACCAGCGUCGCUUGAGUGUGCCGCGCCCAGAGGAGUCCCGGACCCGUCCGUACAUUGGACUAAAGAUGGACACACUUUGGACGUCGAAGUUAAUGGAAGGAUAACAAUAAUAGACGGUGGUAAUCUGAAGAUCCUAGAAAGUCUUCCAUCGGACAGUGGCGUGUAUAGAUGUGUGGCGUCCAACGUGGCGGGGGAGAGACAGUCGCGCCCGGCGACAUUACUCGUGUUACGCAGACCGCAUUUUCUAGUGAAACCCAAUAACAUAACGGCGCUCAUAGGACAGAACAUCGAGUUUCAUUGCCAGGCAUCACCCGAAGCCGACGUAUCUGUGACUUGGUCACGAGAUAAAGGGUCAUUGUCGCCGUACGCAAUAAUACGUCGAGGGUCGUUGAGAAUAGACCGGGUUGUGGAUUCCGAUGGAGGGAUGUAUACAUGUAGAGCCGAGAGUCAGGCGGGGUACAGCGUAGCUAGUGCCUCUUUGACGGUUCAUUCAUUACCACAUUUCACUAGAGUGCCUUCAGAUCAAACGGCAUGGGAGGGUGAAUCUGUGUCAUUUCCGUGUGAAGCCGAUGGCACACCACAACCGUUUGUGUUUUGGACGAUGGAGGGCUUUCAGGAACUUGUCUUUCCAAAUUCGGUUCAAGGAACAGGGUCUCUCUAUUUGGAUAGAGUUCUUACACAACACGCUGGCAGACUGACUUGUGUGGCGGUUAGUGCAGCGGGAAGUACUUUGCACACGGCGACUUUGCAAGUGUUAAGAAGAGAAAGUAAUUCAUUUAACGGUCAUUCUGAAACAUCGUCUCCGUAUCCAGAAUAUGGUGAGAAACCACAAAAUCAUCCACCAAUGACCCAAUACGAGCUUGUUCAGGCACGUCGGUAUCUUCAACAAGAUGUUUUAGCUCUCAGAAGGGUAGAGGGAGUUUCAUCUACAACAUUAAAAAUCGUUUGGGACGUUCUAACAGAUUACAAUGAAUACCUAGAAGGUGUAAAAAUAUGGUUCAAUGGUACCUCUUUAAAUCGACAACACGCUAUAGAUUUUCAAAAUAUACACCAGACUAAUAAUUCUCUAGAAAGUUUUAUCGAAUUAACAAAAUAUGAUAAUUUUACAAUGACCACAGUUCACAACAGUGGCUCGUCGAGCCAUUUAUUGACAGGGUUAAUGCCAUACGCUAAGUAUAAUAUAUUUUUGAUGCCAUUUUAUAAACUGUUGUUGGGCAAACCGUCCAACAUGAAAAGUGGACUCACAGAAGAAGACAUUCCGACCGCUCCUCCACAAAACGUUUCGGCAGGGGUCAUAAACGCUACGUCAGCUUGGAUACGCUGGGAGCCGCCACCUAUUCAUACGUGGAAUGGUGAACUUGCCGGUUACUUAAUUGAGGUCCGCGUUGGUGGUAGCAGCAACGGUCGGGUGGUGGGUCAGAUGUCACUAGGAGCCCGCACCCGCGCGGCUGCGGCUAGUAGUCUCAGAGCUGGUGGGAGAUACAGCGCGCGCGCCGCUGCCGUGACGAGACGUGGACAUGGACCCUUCAGCACUCCCACUCAGAUACACAUGCUGCCUACACACUCGCAACGACAUUAUGUGCAAACUGAACCUGCGACUGAUAAGGCAAUAUUGUCAAUGUUCCAAGAAACUUGGCUCUUAGUGCUAACUUUGUUUCUAUUAGCAAUUAUCGUGGUAGGGGCAGUUGUUAUUGUUUACUUACGGAGAAGGCAAACUAAACAGCGGAAGAGUCACAAUACUGCUAGUACUCCAAUUACAAAUACACAAUGUUUGUUGGGUAAAGAAGCUGUAUGGCUUCGCGAGAGGCCAUUGUAUGAAGGAUCAAAUGAACCAAGAAUAGAAAUAUUAAAUUGUCACCAAAGUUUACUGCAUAGUGGUCAUACAAUAGGUACUAUGGCUAUGGAAGCUGAAUAUAGUCUUCCACAACACACUAGUGCGGUCAAUAUGAUGUCUCAUGAAGAUAACAGAAGGCACCCUCCGGAACCUUAUGCAUCUAGCGCUAUUUACACUGAAUUAAAUUACCAGUUGCAGGAUCAUACAGAUGCAGAAGAUUCUUGUAUAAAAUGUGCAGUUAGUCCUGAAUCGUAUGACAAUAGCAUGGUGAGAUCGUUUGCUGAUAGUAAUCAAUAUUCCAAUGAAGAAUGUUCUACAUGCUGUCGCAGUAGUAGUUCCACUUUAACAAAAGAUUAUAGUGAAAUGACGAAAUGUGGAAACGAAGGAGAUGAAAUCCAAGAAUUGUCAUUAGAUGAAUGUCCCUCAUGUAAAACGACGCAGUCACGAUCAUCUAGUCAUCAUGAUGGGAACAAAGAAUGGACAGCAAUUGCUGAUGUAGAAUAUGAUUAUCCUCAAUGGCAAUGGUUGGGUAGGGAAAAUAGUUUUAGACAAAUGACUCAAGAAUCAAAACAUUCCAGUCAAGGGAGAAGAAGUGAACAAAAUUGUAGAAUGAAUUUAUGCGAUAUUCUUCCACCGCCGCCGUAUGAAAGAGAAUCACCAUACAGAGAAAUGCACGCGUUUACCACAAACUCUGGUGCAUCAGGUUGUUCGGGGCAUACAUACCGCAGUUAAUUUGUUAAUUUAGUAUAUUUAAAAAUAUCAUUAGAACGUAAUGAAAGCAAUACUAAGUUAAGGGAGAAUGUACAUAAACAAUGUAAAAAGGUUGUCAAAAUUUUAAGGGAUUCGAAGGAAUGUUCCACCGCUUUUAACUAUUAUUUUGCUAAAGUAUAAACAUUAAAAUUAUAAAAACUUAUAGCUACUGGAGAAAAAUGUUUAACAGUUGAUAAUAAUUUUAUGAGUAUUUAAACAUAUUGAUUACUUAGUAUACAGUCAUAGAAACCAGAAAGCGGUGUUGAAGAUGGUUCUUAAGGGUUGUAGCAUUGUGGAUGUGUUUACAUAUAGACUGCCAUAUAACGUAAUGUAGUCAUUACAUAGUUUAUCUUUCUCUAGUGACUGUGAUAUAGUAUAAUUUUGAUUGAUUUUUAUUUUGUAUAUAAUUCAGAAUGUUUGAUAUCCUUAUACAAUUUUACCCUUAUUCUAUUUAUUGUGUGUAGUUUAACGAAUUACUGAAAAAAACGGACUUUAAUCUUUACUGUUAACAUUAAAAGUAUCACAUUUGUAGAAUUUUGUACAACCCGGGUAUUUAGACUU